GGCGGGCGCUGGGCUGACGUCAGUUCCGGGCGUAGCUAGCGAGGCUGUUCGGUUCCCGGGGCUAGACUUCCGGUCCGUAACUCCGGCAACCGGAGACAGGAAGGGGGGUACCGGGAAGACGGCGGAAGAAGAGAGCGGAGAGAGGCGGCCAGCAUCUGCCGCCAUGGACGAAUCGGACGUGAGCGAUCUGGAGAACAUGGUGGUGGAGGAGUUGGGCAUCUCUAUGAGGGAGCUUCAGGAGUUUAUAGACAAAGAGGUGGAGAAGAAUGAGUUUGUGAAGCAGCGGAAGCAGCAGUUGUUGGAGCUGGAGGAAAUGGUGAAGCAGAAGGAGGAUGAGGUGGCUCACGUGGACAGCUUGUGUGACAAUGCUUCAAGGGCUCUUGAGGACUGUGAGAUGUUGGUGAAAACGCUAUACAGCGAGAUGGGCAUCACCUACAAGGAGACCAGCUCAGAGGACGAUGAAUCUUCCAAACCUGUGGAAGUCAUUGAAAUUCCAGAUGAGGAUGAGGAAGAUGACGAUGUCAUGAGUGUGGGAUCAGGAGAAGCAGUUAUUAGUAAAACUCCCAAAGAGAAACAACUGUUAAAAGACGCUAUGACCGCCAUGAAGAAAUGUCAGAAAGAUGUACAGAGUUUGGUGGAAGCCAUCCACAAGAAGUCUGAUGGACCCCAAACUCGAUCAUCUUCUCAUCCUUCUUCACCUUCAAGUUCUGUGGGUGGUGCCAACCAAGCCAAUGCAGCCAAUGACAUGAAAAAGGACGGAGACCUUGUUGUGGGUAUGAGAAUUCUUGGUAAGAAGAGGACCAAAACAUGGCACAAAGGGACCUUGAUUUCCAUUCAGAUGGUUGGACCAGGUAAAAAAUACAAAGUGAAGUUUGACAACAAAGGGAAGAGUCUGCUAUCUGGCAACCAUAUUGCGUAUGAAUACCAUCCACCCCUGGAUAGGCUGUUUGUUGGGAGCAGAGUGGUAGCCAGGUACAAAGAUGGAAACCAGGUAUGGCUGUACGCUGGUAUGAUAGCGGAACCUCCCAGCAACAAGAAUAAAAUGAGAUUUCUGAUCUUCUUUGAUGACGGCUAUGCUUCCUAUGUUACACACUCGGAACUGUACCCUAUUUGCAGGCCACUAUCCAAAACCUGGGAAGAUAUUGAAGAUGUGUCAUGCCGGGACUUCAUUCAAGAAUAUGUCACUUCGUACCCCAACCGACCAAUGGUUCUUCUCAAGAGUGGUCAGCUGAUAAAAACAGAGUGGGAGGGCACCUGGUGGAAGUCUAAAGUGGAAGAGGUAGACGGGAGCCUGGUGAAGAUUUUUUUCUUGGAUGAUAAGCGUUGUGAGUGGAUCUAUCGAGGUUCCACCCGCCUGGAGCCCAUGUUUAGUAUGAAGACCUCCACAGCUACCACUCAAGAGAAAAAGCAAGCGGGACAGCAGCGGACACGUCCUAAUGUUGGUGCUGUGCGGAGUAAAGGACCUGUGGUACAAUACACACAUGAUCUUACUGGGAGCGAAUCUCCUUAUAAACCUACAGAGCCAAGCUCACCUCAGUCAAUCCCAUCCCCCCAACUUAUCGACACAGACUCUGACAGCCAGCAGGCUCAGUCCAAGAAGCAAGUGGCGAAGAAAAGUACAGCCUUCCGCCCAGGAUCUGCAGGCUCCGCGCCAUCGUCUCCUGUACCCUGCGAGCAGCCCGCCACCCCCACCGCUACCACCACCGCCACCGCUACCGCCACCCCCACUACCACCCCCACCACCACCGCUGUCACCGUACGGCCUGUCCAGCCUGUCCAGCAGAAUCAAAUCAACCAAAUGCAGAUUCAGGCUGUUCAGACUGUUCACACCUUCCAAGCUAUACAGACUAUUCCAACAAUGCACACAAUUCAGGCUAACCAGACUAUUCAAAUCGCACAGCCUCAAAGAUUUGUGACAAACGUGGUGCCAUUUCAAGUUGUUCAGACAAACGCGCUGCCGACGGAGAUCACUUAUAAGGCUCCUAUGGAGAAGCUGUUUUACCUACCUCACAUCUGUAGCUACUCGUGCUUGUCCCGCAUCCGCGUGGUCAAUCAUCGGGGCAAGAACCCUCUGCUGGUGCCACUGCUGUACGACUUCCGGCGUAUGACCGCGCGGCGGCGGGUGAACCGCAAGCUGGGAUUCCACGUCGUCUACAAAACGCCGUGCGGCCUGAGCCUGCGCACCAUGCCUGAGAUCGAGCGUUACGUUUUAGAGACAACCUGCGACAUGCUGUUCUUGGAAAUGUUCUGCUUGGACCCGUAUGUUCUGGUGGACCGCAAGUUCCAGCCACAGAAACCUUUCUAUUAUAUCCCCGACAUCACCUACGGCAAGGAGGAUGUGCCUCUGUCCUGCGUCAAUGAGAUAGACAGGACCCCUCCCCCACAGGUGGCGUAUAGUAAGGAACGCAUUCCCGGCAGAGGAGUAUUUAUUAACACGGGAACGGACUAUAUGGUGGGAUGCGACUGCACCGAUGGAUGCCGAGACAGGUCCAAAUGUUCUUGUCACCAACUGUCGGUAGAUGCCACUCGCUGCACACCUGGGGGGCAGGUGAACAUGCAAGUUGGAUACCAACACAAGCGUCUGGAAGAGUGUCUACCUACAGGGGUGUAUGAAUGCAACAAGCGAUGUAAAUGCAAUCCAGGUAUAUGUACGAACCGCCUGGUGCAGCAUGGCCUCCAAGUGCGUCUCCAGCUCUUCAAGACGCAGAACAAAGGGUGGGGAAUUCGCUGUCUGGAUGACAUUGCAAAAGGGUCCUUCGUCUGUAUAUAUGCAGGUAAAAUCCUGACAGAUGACUUUGCAGACAAAGAAGGGUUAGAGAUGGGAGAUGAAUAUUUUGCAAAUUUGGACCACAUUGAGAGCGUAGAAAACUACAAGGAAGGUUACGAAAGUGAUGUCAAGUCAUCUUCUGAUAGCAGCGGCGUAGACCUCAAGGAAGACCAUGGAGAAAACACCGGCACUGAGGAGCAGGAGGAGUCCCAAGACAGUUCGGAUGACAAUUUUGGAAAAAAUGAGGACAUCACAACUAGCUCUGUAUGGCGGAGCUAUGCUACACGGCGGACAACUAGGGGACAGAAGAAUGGGGCUGUAAAUACCUCCUCUAAGGACAAGGAUAAGGACAAGGACUCUGCUUUAGCCAGACAGACCAGCCAAGAGGAAAACGCAGACUGCAAGCUGCCCGAGGAGACCUCCAAGAACAAGGUGGCUUCUUGGUUGAGCUCCAACACCAUGUCUGACUCGUAUUUGGACUCUGAUAGCCGGUCGUCUCUCAAAAUGGGAGAUGUGGCAGAUGUGGAGAAGCGCGUGAAGAAGGAGGAACCUGCUAAGGAGUCUGAAGAUGGCAAGCCUUCAGGGACUGGAGAGGGCAAUCGAGUGUACGGUUAUAAUCCAGCACCAGCUAAGCCUGAAGGAAUCAAGCGGCCGAUCAGUAAAACUGCCAUGCACCAGAUUAGACGCCAGUCCAAUGCCCAGUCUAAUGAUGAGGUGCUGACCUUGUCCAGUAGUUCAGGCAGUGAUGUAGGAAGCGGGGCAAAGAAGACCACCGACAAAGCCAACGCUAACGACAGCGAUGAUGUCCAAACCAUUUCUUCUGGUUCCGAUGUAGACGAGGACAAGAAGAAUAUAACCACCACCGAUGGUACCAAGAAACCGCAACGCAUAGGCCCAGUGAAGAGACAAGUGGCCGUAAAAUCCACCCGCGGCUUUGCCCUGAAAUCUACCUAUGGCAUGACGGUGAAGCCAAACAUGGCAUCUGCGGACAGAGGUGAAGGAAUGCUUGGCCGGAGAACAACGCGACAGUUUUAUGAUGGAGAGGAAUCCUGUUACAUUAUCGACGCCAAACUGGAGGGAAAUUUGGGCCGAUACUUGAAUCACAGCUGCAGUCCCAACCUGUUUGUACAGAAUGUGUUUGUGGACACACAUGACCUGCGCUUUCCCUGGGUGGCUUUCUUCGCCAGCAAGAGGAUACGAGCCGGCACAGAGCUGACCUGGGAUUAUAACUACGAGGUGGGAAGUGUGGAAGGCAAGAAGCUGCUGUGUUGCUGCGGAUCCACAGAAUGCCGGGGGCGGCUCUUGUAACCUCCAUCCUGCCAAAUACAGAAACCUAUCCAUGGUGCUGAAGACCUUCAAGAUAUCUGUCCUAAAGGAGAUAUGGCAGCUGCCGCUGAUCUCUUGCUGAAAAUGCAAGUUGUCUGGCUGUUAUGCUGAUCCUGUGUUUUUGUUUUUUUAUAGUGUGAACUACUUCCCUGGAACAAAUGGGCAGAUCACGAGAUCCAAAAUUCUUUAUCUGCAUACUAGUUCUUGGCCAGUAACUUCAAUUAAUAAAACAGAAGGAGCAGCAUAACGGCUAGGCAACUCGCCAUCCAGGGCAGCCUCUAUUUUCUGUCCGGAUGAUUUCCUUUAUUUCAUCUAUUUUACAUCGUUCGUCUCUCAUUGCU